AUGGAACAACCUCAAACAUAUGGAAUUUCCGCAAAUAUCUACGGACGCGGAGAUCGCUCACUUGGCGACAGGCCGUGUCAUGUUGGCCUAGCUGUGUAUGAACUUGGCUCCUCCACCUGUGAAAUGCAUCACAUCCGCUGUCCUCAAGACGACCAGUACAUCUAUGACCCUCGAAUUCAACCGCUAGAGGAUUCUGUCUUACGUGGGCGAUGUGAGCUAGCCCGACUGUCAACCUCCAAAAAAGAGAGAGUUACUAAAAUACUCGAGAAAUUUGGCCAAAAUGCCGCCAAUAUCCCUGAAGUUGGCGUGGGAAAUUGUCAAGAUUGGCUUGCUGGAGCGGUGAAGGAACUAGAACAGAACGGCAUUCUCCAAGACAGGGAAGGGGUGUUUUCAGAUCGUGAGGAGAGAAGAAUUGGGAGACUGGCUGAGGAUUCAGCCAUACAGGGGAAAUUGGAAUCUCUCUUCAACUCAAAAGCUGGGUCUAGUUCUUUGAUGCCUGAAGACAGUGAUCCCCAGCGUCUCUACAUCUCCAGCCCCUUUUUCAGCCAGACCAAGCCCUAA